AUAUAUAAAAUAAAAUUAUUAUAGAUUUGAAGAACUGUUACAGUUCUAAAAAUCUGUAAAAAAAUUCACAGAAAAAAAGAAAAAAGAAUUUAUAAGUAAAUUUGGAGAUGAGAAAUUAGAGGAUAAUGGCAAAUUCUAACAGAGAUCGUGAACUUCUAAUUCCGGUGGCUAACACCGGCGCCGGCGACGAUGGAGCCGGCGACAAGCCUUCUUCUUCAUCAUCAUCCUCCUCUUCUCACCAUCACUCCGGACGCGAGACUUUCUCUAAAGUUGUUAGGAGCUGGGCUUCUAAGAAAUUCAUGACUGGAUGUGUCAUCCUAUUUCCUAUAGCAGUCACCUUCUACAUAACAUGGUGGUUUAUUCAUUUUGUGGAUGGCUUUUUCUCUCCAAUCUAUGCUCAACUUGGAAUUGACGUUUUUGGUCUUGGAUUUAUGACUUCAAUCACUUUCAUUUUUUUGGUCGGGGUGUUCAUGUCAUCAUGGUUGGGGACUUCCGUUUUGGGUCUUGGGGAAUGGUUCAUCAAAAGAAUGCCAUUUGUUCGGCAUAUAUAUAAUGCUUCAAAGCAAAUUAGUUCUGCCAUAUCUCCAGAUCAGAACACACAAGCUUUCAAGGAGGUUGCCAUAAUAAGGCAUCCUCGAAUUGGUGAAUAUGCCUUUGGGUUCAUUACCUCAUCUGUCGUCCUGCAGAACUAUUCCGGAGACGAAGAGCUAUGUUGUGUGUAUGUUCCUACAAAUCAUCUUUACAUUGGUGAUAUAUUCCUCGUUAAUGCAAGAGAUGUUAUUAGACCAAACUUGUCUGUCCGUGAAGGAAUAGAGAUUGUUGUAUCUGGUGGCAUGUCGAUGCCUCAGAUACUGUCAACGCUGGAUCCAGGAAGUAUUCAAGUCGAUAGAAGAUGACCUAACAGAAACCACAUCCAAUAAAAUGCUCAUCAGUCAUCAACCCCCCCCCCCUCUUCCUUUUUGUUCACGAAAGCGUCUUUUUUUUCUUUCAUUUUCUUGAUACUUGAGGUGUUAGAUUCAGGUCACAACUGUGCUGCAGUGUAAAAUGUAGGUAAAGUAGCAAUGGUUUGAAAAAAUAUAGUUGGUUGAUAAUUUUAAGUUAAUAGGUUUCUCUUCUCUUGCUUAACUCCUAUUUAAUGUGUUAUAAUACUCAUUGUUUCUGGCUCAGUAAAAUGCUGUAUAUGGAAAGGCAGAAUUGUGCUACAACAAAAUAUUUGUACAGCUAAAUAUUUCUAUAAUAAGAUAACACAGUUAUUAA